UCGACGAAUCAAUAAGAUAGAAGAUCAGUGAAUGACAAAGCGUGAGGAGAAUUAUCAACCCGAGAUGUUAGAAGGUGCAAAAUCAAUAGGUGCCGGAGCUGCUACAAUUGCUUCAGCGGGAGCUGCUAUCGGUAUUGGAAACGUCUUCAGUUCUUUGAUCCAUUCUGUGGCGCGAAAUCCAUCAUUGGCUAAACAAUCAUUUGGUUAUGCCAUUUUGGGCUUUGCUCUAACCGAAGCUAUUGCAUUGUUUGCCCCAAUGAUGGCCUUUUUGAUCUUAUUCGUAUUCUGAUCGAAUAAAGAAGGUUUCAUUCAGUCUCAUAAAGCAAGCACCUCUUUCACAUAAGAAAGUGGAGACAGGCUUGGAUACGAUCUAAAAUGAUUCCACAUGAAAGAGGACCGGGCAAUCGCCCUCUUGAGUAAUGAAGAAGCGGGCUAGUCCCCGAAAAUGCCCGUUAAUAAAGCAAGUUGGGGAACAAAAUC